GCGCUGAACUUCCACGGCCGGCUGAAGUUCCUCCACGGCCAGAACCGGGUGUCUGAGGACGGGUCCCUGCCCUCCAUCCUGGAGAUCCGCAGCCGCACGCUGCUCUUCCAGACCAAGCACAAGAUGGACUUCACCCCCAUCGGCAUCGACAGCAGGUGA